AUGAAAUCUUCUCGAGCACCUCUAUGCCUGGUUUAUGAUGCAUCAGGCCAGUACAGUCCAAAUGUUUUAUUCGGGAAUGAGUACUGGCUUGGGUCCCUCAACGCCUGCCAUGACCUGCAACUGAAGCAGUACUAUGAUCAAGUAUCCCCAUUUCCAACCACCUUCUUCGUAGCCAAGAUCAACCUUACCGUGGAUGGAGAUCACCUACCGAUGACACGAUCAAUGCUUGUAGGGCAAUGUAUGCCACUAUCAUGUACUAACAAGGAAGUGCAGUCGCUGCUGCAGGCUGCUGAGUUUGCAGCAGCUAAUCGUGCUGCAGCAGCCGGCAUCAGGGCUACCGCAGAGACUCUCUAUGUACGACCAGUACCAGGACCUUAUAAUGUACUCGAAGAUUUCAAAAUGCACAUCAUAGGGGCUGUCAUAAUUUUGGUAUCCUUGUGGAUGUCGGCGGCGUCGCUGUACGAAGGCCACUUGGAGAGGCGUUAUCGAGCUGAACAGCAGCAAGACCUUGAGCUUGCGAACAACAAUCAAAAGUCACCAGCCAGCGAUACAAGUUGUAAUGAGUCGACCUCUGAUGAAGAUAGUAAGAACAGUCUUAAAAGGGAGCGCUGCGGUGUUUGGUCGGAAAUAAUGCUGUCGUUUUCGAUAUUAUCAAACGGGCGGGCUAUUCUGAGCACCCGACGACCCAACGACGGCGCCUUAACGUGCCUACACGGGAUGAGAUUUUUAUCUGUACUAUGGGUGAUAAUGGUGCAUACGUACCUAACAAUAUUCUACAUAGCGGACAACAAACAAAUGAGGGUGGUUACAGAAAGAAACUUUUUAUACCAGUCUGUCGGCAAUGCCUCCUAUUGUGUGGAUACAUUCUUUUUUAUUGGCGGAUUGCUAGUAACCGUGCUAUUUUUACGGAGCGAAGACAAGAAAACGAAGAGAAGGACGAACAAAACGCCGAGCAACGAUAAGGACCUUAACAAAAAUAUUAACGGGUACACCAACUCCGCCUUAUCAGUCUCCGUGAUAAGCGAACAGUCGUUCUACGAAGACAUUCUCGACAAACCGAAAUCGGAUGCGAUCACGAGAAGAGAACUUUCGAGAAUGACUCGAUCGUUCCUCGUCUUGCUGUCGUAUCGUCUAGUCAGAUUGACCCCAGCGUACGCCUUUGUUAUCGGUAUAAACGAGCUGGCUCUCCGCUACACACACAACCAUACUGUCUUCGAGCCGGCCAUCUUCGACCACAUCACCUGUGAACGAUACUGGUGGAGAAACGUGCUGUACAUCAAUAACCUAUUUCCGCAGAGAGACAUGUGUAUGGUCUGGUCGUGGUAUAUGGCCAACGAUACACAAUUCUAUGUUAUUGGAAUCAUCCUUUUAUUAAUUUCGGUUAAGCACGUAAAAUUCGCAACGGUGUCGCUAGUUCUGUUGCUGGUAAGCUCGUGGGUGACAACGAUCUACAUAUCGGUGUGGUAUCACUACAAAGCCCGGAUUCAAGAACCCUUUGAAAUGUUCGACCCGCUUUAUGACAAGCCUUGGUCGAGAGUUGGACCCUACUUAGUUGGUAUGAUGGUGGGCUGGUAUUUGCAUAAGACAAAGUGCCAAGUGAAAAUACCAUACUGGCUGGUGGUAGUGGGUUGGCCCACGUCGUUGGCAAUAAUUGGAAGCCUGAUAUUCGGAAUGGUGGAUGGCUACUUUGAAGUAUGGCCCACAGCCUUCUAUAUCAGUAUUGGACACACAGGUUGGGGCGUGGCCCUCGCUUGGGUGGCGAUAGCGUGUUGCUGCGGUUACGGAGGUCUCGUGAACUCUCUGCUGUCCUACAACGGUUUCCUGCCACUCAGCAGGCUUACCUACUGUGCAUAUCUGGUGCAUCCCACGAUAAUGAUGUACACGACCUUCCUCUUAGACGGCCCACUACAUCUACAGAACUCCAUAGUGAUAACAUUAUACGCCGGUUAUGCCGUACUCGCAUUUUUAGCGUCUUUCGCAAUUUCACUCGCCUUCGAGGCACCAGCUGUGAGGCUUUUAAAGAUCGCUAGCGGGGGAGGCGGCAGCAAAAAAGUGCGCUGA